CUCUUGAUGUGCGCCCGCCUCCGGGGACUUUGCGAAGAGGGGUCUAGUUCUUGGCGACGUGGUGACAGCACUGUGAUUACUUGACCAUGUCCGCGCAUGGAUGUUGUGUAGCCUCGACGCUGUAGGGAGUAGUUAGCAAGCUCUCCGUCAAGAAAAUCGACAUGGCGAAUUCCGAGCCUAGCCAGUCUUCGAGUCAGCCCCUGGAGAGAAAAGGGGUUCAGAGGGCCCUGGAUGUGAAAGGCAGCGGACGAAUCGACUCGCCGAAGGAAGGUGCCCGGUCAACUCCGGCUCCGUCUCCAUUUCCUCCCGCUCAAACCGAAAUGCCGCAACACCUCGACCGUGGUAAAAUCUCGAGAACCUCUCGCGUGUGGUCCCUUGCAGAAGGCCCAUGUACGCUGCAAAACCCCACGUUCCGGCUGCAGUGGAAGUCAGUUCCGGUGCAGCAGCCCCAUCCUGGCACCCGUCCAUUGGCGGCGGAGGGGGUGCAGCAGCAGAAAGAGAAAGAGGACGUUGGCUCGAGCGGCGAAGCUAGGCUGCUAGAUGGGAGCUUGGGACAUGUUGGGACGCGGGAGCAAGAGCAAGAGGAAGACGGAGAUACAAACGGAGCCAAAGAUCGCGUCGCCAAAGCUGCGAAGUCGGAUGCCGACGAAACGGCAGAGAUCGCAGAGGCAGCAACUCGGAUGGGCCUCUGGGUGAUUGAUCCGUCGCUUGCUGAUGCAAUUCUCCAAGGGGACCUCGAUAUGAACCGGCCGAAUUGUCCGAAGAACGAGAUCCUGCAGCGGCUCGUUUCAUCUUGGCAUGGAUUUCAUCGUCCCGGCAUACAUCGAUCCACUGAAACGAGCAUAACACUUGUAGAAGAGGAAAAUGAGGAAAGUAGGGUUGAGCAGGGGGUGGACGCAACGAACGAUGCUUCACCUGUGAACGAUGUAACUCCUGAACUCCUGGAUGCAGAUCCUAAGAGUUGUGGAGGGGUGGGGCAGAACGGGCUUGAACCAACACAUUUACUCUCCGAUCCCCGAUUUCCCCCGACCACUGUUCUGGACGUGAGCAAAAUCGACAGAUGA